GAAAACGAAACGCAAAAUUGAACAACAUUCGUGAUUGCGAUAAUUGUGGCAUCGACAAAAGGAAACAACAGGCGUGUGUAUAUUCUACAUUGUACAUAAAUGGGCACUACGUUAAACAAAAUAAUAGCAUCUAAAAAAGGACACGACAAAAAGGUAGAUAUUCUAAUUCAAGCAGGAGUAGAUAUAAACUAUAAAAGACAAGAUGAAAGUAAAGCCUUAUUUAUUGCAUCUCAGAAUGGACAAGACGAAAUUGUAGAAAAUCUUAUUAAAGCAGGAGCAGACAUUAACUAUGUAAAACAAGAUGGAUACAAUGCCUUAAUGAUUGCAUCGCUAGAUGGACACGACAAGGUGGUAGAUAUUCUUAUUAAAGCAGGAGCAGACAUAAACUAUGUAAGACAUUAUGGAACUAAUGCCUUAAUGCUUGCAUCUCAAAAUGGACAUGACAAGGUGGUAGAUAUUCUUAUUCAAGCAGGAGCAGACAUAAACUAUGUAAAACAAGAUGGAUGGAAUGCCUUAAUGAUUGCUUCUCUAAUAGGACAAAACAAGGUGGUGGAUAUUCUUAUUAAAGCAGGAGCAGACAUAAACUAUCUAAGACAAGAAGGACCUAAUGCCUUAAUGAUUGCAUCUGAAAAUGGACAUGACAAGGUGGUAGAUAUUCUUAUUAAAGCAGGAGCAGACACAAAAUAUGUAAGAGAAGAUGGAACUAAUGCCUUAAUGAUUGCAUCCAAAAAUGGAUAUGACAAGAUGGUAGACAUACUUAUUAAAGCAGGAGCAGAUAUAAACUAUGUAAAACAAGAUGGAUCUAAUGCCUUAAUGAUUGCAUCUCAAAAUGGACAAGACAAGGUGGUAGAUAUUCUUAUUAUAGCAGGAGCAGACAUAAACUAUGUAAAACAAGAUGGAACUAAUGCCUUAAUGAUUGCAUCUCAAAAUGGACAUGACAAGGUGGUAGAUAUUCUUAUUCAAGCAGGAGCAGACAUAAACUAUGUAAAACAAGAUGGAUGGAAUGCUUUAAUGAUUGCUUCUCUAAUAGGACACGACAAGGUGGUGGAUAUUCUUAUUAAAGCAGGAGCAGACACAAACUAUGUAAGAGAAGAUGGAACGAAUGCCUUAAUGAUUGCAUCUGAAAAUGGAUAUGACAAGAUAUUAGACAUUCUUAUUAAAGCAGGAGCAGAUAUAAACUUUGUAAAACAAGAUGGAUCUAAUGCCUUAAUGAUUGCAUCUCAUAAUGGACACGACAAGGUGGUACAUAUUCUUAUUAAAGCAGGAGCAGACAUAAACUAUGUAAGACAUUAUGGAACUAAUGCCUUAAUGAUUGCAUCUGAAAAUGGACAUGACAAGGUGGUAGAUAUUCUUAUUAAAGCAAGAGCAGACAUAAUCUGUGUAAAACAAGAUGGAUCUAAUGCCUUAAUGAUUGCAUCUCAAAAAGGACAUGGUAAGGUGGUGGAUAUUCUUAUAAAAGCAGGAGCAGACAUAAACUAUGUAAGACAUUAUGGAACUAAUGCCUUAAUGAUUGCAUCUCAAAAUGGACAUGACCAGGUGGUAGAUAUUCUUAUUAAAGCAAGAGCAGACAUAAACUAUGAAAAACUAAAUGGAUGGAAUGCCUUAAUGAUUGCAUCUCUAAUAGGACAAGACAAGGUGGUGGAUAUUCUUAUUAAAGCAGGAGCAGACAUAAACUAUGUAAGAGAAAAUGGAACUAAUGCCUUAAUGAUUGCAUCUCAAAAUGGACAUGACAAGGUGGUGGAUAUUCUUAUAAAAGCAGGAGCAGACAUAAACUAUGUAAGACAUUAUGGAACUAAUGCCUUAAUGAUUGCAUCUCAAAAUGGACAUGACAAGGUGGUAGAUAUUCUUAUUAAAGCAGGAGCAGACAUAAACUAUGUAAGACGAAAUGGAUGGAAUGUCUUACUGAUUGCAUCUAAAAAUGGACGCGACAAGGUGGUAGAUAUUCUUAUUAAAGCAGGAGCAGACAUAAACUGUGUAAGACAAAAUGGAUGUAAUGUUUUAAUGAUUGCAUCUGAAAAUGGACAUGAAAAGGUGGUAGAUAUUAUUAUUAAAGCAGGAGCAGACAUAAACUAUGUAAGACGAAAUGGAUGGAAUGCCUUAAUGAUCGCAUCUCAAAAAGGACAUGGCAAGGUGGUAGAUAUUCUUAUUAAAGCAGGAGCAGACAUAAACUAUGUAAAACAAGAUGGAUCUAAUGCCUUAAUGAUUGCAUCUGAAAAUGGACAUGACAAGGUGGUAGAUAUUCUUAUUAAAGCAGGAGCAGUCAUUAACUAUGUGAAAUCAAAUGGAUAUAAUGUCUUACUGAUUGCAUCUAAAAAAGGACACGACAAGGUUGUAGAUAUUCUUAUUAAAGCAAGAGCAGACACAAACUAUUUAAAACAAGAUGGAUCUAAUGCCUUAAUGAUUGCAUCUCAUAAUGGACACGACAAGGUGGUAGAUAUGCUUAUUAAAGCAGGAGCAGACAUCAAUCAUGUGGAAAAAAGUGGAUUGAAUGCCUUAAUGAUUGCAUCUUUAAAUGGACAAGACAAGGUAGUAGAUAUGCUAAUUAAAGCAGGAGCAGACAUAAACAAUGUAAAACAAAAUGGAAGGAACGCCUUAAUGAUUGCAUCUCAAAAAGGACAAGACAAGGUGGUAGAUAUUCUUAUUAAAGCAGGAGCAGACAAAAACUAUGUAAAACAAGAUGGAUAUAAUGCCUUACUGAUUGCAUUACAGAAUGGACAUGACAAGGUGGUAGAUAUGCUUAUUAAAGCAGGAGCAGACAUCAAUCAUGUGAAUGAUGAUGGAACUAAUGCCUUAAUGUUUGCUACUGUACGUAGACGCGACAAGGUGGUAAAUAUGCUUAUUAAAGCAGGAGCAGACCUAAACUAUAAAAGACAAGAUGGAUUGAAUGUCUUAAUGAUUGCAUCUCACAAUGGACACAACAAGGUGGUAGAUGUUCUUAUUAAAGCAGGAGCAGACAUAAACUAUGUAGAACAAGAUUGA